AUGUCCCUCGCCCAAGACUCCGAGAAAAAAGUCCCCUUGCCAUCGGAGGAAGAACUCUCCGCCAGCAUCGACCCGGCCACCAUCCCCGAACCACUCUGCACGAGCAAAGUCCUACAACGCUUCAAGGUCGUGCGCCAGCGCAACCGGCUCAUUGCCGCAACGAAGCUCCGAGACCCCGGUGCUGAAGAUCACCGGCGCCACACCGAAACGCUCAAAAGAUUACGGAAGUGGAAGGCCGUUGAAGAUGGCGGCCUCUGGGCGAAGGCGAGAGCGGUGGUGAAUGUGAAGGAGCGGGGUGCGCCGAAGAGGCCGGGCGACGAGGAAUUGAUGGGGCUCGUGUUGCAUCAUUUCCCGACGCCCGGAGAUGUCACGGUGAGGGUUGUCGACUUUUACGGAGAUCAUUCCAGGCGGUAUGAUGUGCCGAUGAGGGCGCUUAUUAGUGAAUAUAUUCAUGAGAAGCCUGAGGGCGUGAACGUUCGAUGGAUUUAUGCACCAAUUGGCCAAGGCCUCAUCUGGUCGUGCCUCCAAGACCUCUUCCUCAACGCCGGAAAAGGUCGCAAGGUCACCGCCCUAGGCCAAGGCGGCAAGGCUUGGCCCUACCUCUCCGUCGAGGCCCUCAGUUUCCGCGCCCGCGAGGACUACCAACAGUUGCGCGACAUCUACGGAAUCCUCAGCGACGACACCGCUUCCUCCAACGAGCCACUGCGUCAAUUACUCAAUGAUGCCGCACAGAAGGCGAUGGGCGUACCACUCGCCGAGGACCUGCGGUGGCGUAGCGAGCACCUAGGGAUGCGGAGCGAGUUCUGGGAUCUCGUGUUUAGCAGGGUACCGUAUCACCUCACGCAGAUGAGUACGCAGGAGACGACAGGUGGCCCGCCCGACAUCGUCAACCCGAAUAAUGCCGGCCACAUCUAUCAGACGCUCUGGGGCCACCCUUCAUAUAGGAAUGCGCAACUUGUGCGGACGAUGGUGAGGAACUACCAUCGACCUGACGGCAUGCUGCUCACGAUGGGACCCCCUUGCGGUGUUGAUUACCUCGACAAGGACUUCAACACCUAUCUCGGGCACUCUAAGAGCAGACGAGAGGAAAAUGAGGAGGCGUCCGUGUAUGCGUUCCUGUAUAAGCGCUUCGAGAAGUCUGGCACGACGGACUGGCCCGAGAAGACGGUCGAGUGGUUCCUCAUCUACCUUAUUACCGAGAUUGCUGCCGCGCCGCAUAAUAUUCGCCAAGGCAGGUCGUUGACUCGUCUGACCGUUGCGUACAAGCAAGUUGUCGAGAAACUGAAACUCCGCCGAUACGACCGCUUCAGGAGAUCCGAGUCCAUUGGUCUCGUGCGAGACUUCCUCACCUGUCAGGACGAGCUGACCUGUAUCUGCAACGUCCUUCGCGGUAGACUCUCUAUGCUCGAGACUCUCAAGCUCUCCAUUGACCAGCGCGAAGCCGAAAUGGCCCGGGAUGGCGCUGUCGACGUGGACAUACCUCCGACGACUCCUUCGCAUGAGACGAUGUGUGACUCUGCCAAAGAGAGGGUCAACUGGGCUAUUUCGCUCGUCAAGGAACCUCUCACUGUCUGCGAGGCGUUGCUCGUCGACCUCCGCCUGUCAACCGAAGCGCUCUUCCAACUCAAAUCCAUCGAGCAAAACGAACUCGCCAUCGUGGCUGACAGCCAGAACAAGGCCAUCCUCGUUUUCACCGCCGUCACAGUCAUCUUCCUGCCGCUCUCGUUCUUCACGAGCUACUUCGGCAUGAACCUCGAGGGCAUGACCGACCUUACGCGCAACGAGAAGUGGUUCUGGCAGGUGUGUGGCGUCUUGGCCUUUGUCAUCAUCUUCUUCACGACGACUUGGGCGUUUAGGGAGGAGAUUCGGACGAGGCUGUUUGGUAAGCGUAUGCCUGUUUCGCCGCACGGGACUGUCAUGUAA